AUGGAAGGUCUGGUUGAAUAUGAAGUUAGCGAAAUGGUUCGGAACGUCUCAGCUGGGGAGAGAGACUGGCUGUCCAUUAAACUUAAAUGGAAGAAGUCGCGGGGAAUAUGCAAUGCGGAGCUGGAAGAGGAGGAGAUUAAUCAUAAUGGAGGUGGGAUUCGAGGAUCCAAUAAGUCUCAGAGCCGCGUCGUCGCCGAAUCUCCAACGUGCCUAGGCGGAUUAAGAGUGGAACACGGUAGCGCAAUUGAAGCUCUGCAAGGGGAAAAAAUUUAG